GCGGGGGGGCGGGACUCUCUUUGUUUACGUCUUUCCCGCGUGUGCGUCACUGGUUGUUUGACUGAUGGAUCACAUCUAGUAAUGGAUGCCUGCCUUAGCCGCCAAAGGCUUUAACAUCCGGGAUUUGGCCGAAUUGGACUAUUCCAGUUGCGGAUAUGGUGGGGUACGGUAUGAUGACGGAACUACAAUCCCUCCAGGCUCCUCUAAAGGACAGCCCCAGCACUCUGAGCCAAGUUGGGCAGAGCUGUGGGGUAUCUCAGGACACUGGGCUUAGUGCAGAGCAAAUACAACAACUAUCUGACGGCCCUACAGAAUGUGAAAAAAGCCAAGCAGUAAAUAUUGCGGAUGCUGUUAAAAGAAAGAAGAAGAAAAGGACCAGAGCCACGGAUAGCUUCACCGGCAGUUUUGAUGAUCUGUACAAACUCACUGAUGAAGUGCUGGGCCAGGGAGCUUAUGCAAAAGUACAAGGCUGUAUUGGUCUGCAGAACAGAAUGGAGUAUGCUGUGAAAAUUAUUGAGAAGUGUGCUGGGCAUAGUCGCAGCAGAGUCUUUAGAGAAGUGGAGACACUUUAUCAGUGCCAAGGAAAUAAGAACAUUUUGGAAUUGAUCCAGUUCUUUGAAGAUGGCAACUGUUUUUAUUUAGUAUUUGAGAAGCUACGUGGAGGCUCAAUUCUUACACAUAUUCAGAACCGAAAGCACUUUGAUGAAUUGGAGGCCAGCAAAGUAGUAAGGGAUAUUGCCCAAGCGCUUGACUUUCUUCACACAAAAGGCAUUGCUCAUAGAGACCUAAAGUUAGAAAAUAUACUUUGUGAAUUCACAGAUCAGGUUUCUCCAGUGAAGAUAUGCGACUUCGACCUUGGGAGUGGAGUGAAACUCAGCAGUGCCUGUACUCCCAUAACUACUCCAGAGCUUACUACACCGUGUGGUUCAGCAGAAUACAUGGCUCCAGAAGUAGUGGAGGUGUUCACUGAUGAAGCCUCUUUCUAUGACAAGCGCUGUGACUUGUGGAGUCUUGGUGUUAUCCUUUACAUUCUUUUAAGUGGAAGUCCUCCGUUCACUGGGCACUGUGGCAGUGACUGUGGCUGGGACCGCGGUGAGACCUGCAGAACAUGCCAGAACAACCUGUUCGAGAGCAUUCAGCAGGGAAAGUAUGAGUUUCCAGAUAGGGACUGGGCCCACAUUACAGAAGGAGCUAAGGAUCUCAUAUCCAAACUGCUGGUACGUGAUGCAACUCUUCGACUUAGUGCUGCUCAAGUCCUCAUACACCCUUGGGUACAGGGAAAUGCUCCAGAGAGAGGUCUUCCAACUCCUCAUGUAUUACAAAGGAACAGCAGCACCAAAGACUUGACCCAGUUUGCAGCAGAAGCCAUUGCCUUCAACAGGCAGCUGUCCCAGCACGAUGAGCAACAAGAGGACGUAGGAGCCAUUGUGUGCUCCAUGAGGCUGUCCCCUCCCUCCAACUCCAGACUCGCCCGCAGGCGGGCCCAGUCCAGCGCCCUGCGCACUAAGGACUUUGCGCCAGCUUCGGAUGACCUUGCAGGCUAACUGGCACACACAGAUCUCAUCUACAAACUCUGGUUUCUUGCCCAUCUUUUAUGUGUUUUAGUAUUUCCAUUGGGGGCCUUAAAUCAUCUUAUUAGUGAUUAAUUGUUCCUGGUGGCAAAGCUCUUUUCCAUGGCCAGUAAUCUCAUCUCCUGGAUGAGAGUAAAAGCAACAAGGGUACAGAUAAUAUUUGACCAUUGCCUCUUAAUUAAGGUCAAAGCUCCAGAGUAUUAAUGAUUUUAAAGUAUUUGAACAAAGCUACAUUUUUACAUAUUUACAUUUCUAAAUCAGAACUGUUAUAGCAUUACUUUUUUAUUAUGGUCAGGGUUACUCUUUUAUAGUUUCAAUUGGGAUUUUUUUUUUUAUUUAAUGAUAUUGCUUUUACUGAAAAGGUUUGUGAAAGGGUUGAUAUUUAUUAUGAAAGAACAAGCUUUAAUGGUUUUGGUGAGGCCUGUUACCGAAAUAGUUUUACUUUUACUGGUUGCACUUAAGUACUUUAAAAUAAGUUUAUUUCAAAAUGAUAAAUAUUCGGAGGGUUAAGGAUUGUGUUUUACCUCAAAGUAGUGUUUGAACAUGUGUUACUGUACGAAGUAAGUCCAUCAAAAGCCCUGUGACCUCUCUUGGAUUUCAUUUGUAUGAAUGUUAAUGUUUGGGGAUGUUUUUAAUGGUUUUGGUAAAGUGAAAGGGAAAUAAGUGAAUGAUUGAUUAGCUAAAGUUUAUUUUUUUUUUGAGUCUGUAAGUGUAUUGAUUUUAUUUUUCAUAUAUUUUAGAACCUUUCAAUGGGAAAGUUUUUUUUUUGAUGUUUCCAGCCUUAACCUCAAAAUGACACUUCUCCUGAUUGCACAUAGUUGCCAUGGACACCUCAUCCCUAUAGCAACAAAGGGCUGACUGGAGGAAUUGUACAAGAUUUGCUCAGAAUGAAUAAACACAUGAGGAAACCAG